AUGUCUGGACGCGGCAAGGGUGGCAAGGGCCUGGGCAAGGGCGGUGCAAAGCGCCACCGCAAAGUUCUCCGUGACAACAUCCAAGGCAUCACCAAGCCUGCCAUUCGGCGAUUGGCUCGCCGUGGCGGUGUAAAGCGUAUUAGCGGGCUCAUUUACGAGGAAACCCGCACGGUCCUCAAGAACUUCCUGGAGAACGUCAUCCGUGAUUCAGUUACUUAUACUGAGCACGCUCGCCGCAAGACUGUCACAGCCAUGGACGUCGUAUACGCACUUAAGCGCCAGGGCCGCACCCUGUAUGGCUUUGGUGGCUGA